AUGACGGCAACAAACAACAACAGCAACUAUAUCGUUUCUGAUGAAAAAGUUAUUGAUUCAUUAGUUGAGGAAUUAGUUGUGGCAGAAACUAAAACCCUCAACGAAAGAAUUGGUGAAAACAUGAUUGAUUUACACAACUACCUCAAACAUGAUGGAGGAAGAGGAAGGAAAACUGGUAUGGCUUUAUUAGUAAAUAAAAUUCCAAAUUUAACGAUUAUAGAUGUUGAUAUCAAUAAAUCGUACAAUGAUGAACUUAAAGAAACGGUUAGAAAAGACAUUUUAUCAAAACUUUCGGAUAAAGAUGUUAUCGUUAAAACCGCUUCUGGAGGUCUUCACAUUUAUUGCAACACUAAUUUCUUCUAUGCAGUUUCGAACAGAAUGAUUAAAUGCUAUUCCUGCAAUGAUUAUGAUAUUGAUAUCAUGACUUCUAUUGAUGAUUCAAAGCGUUCUUUAGUAGUUAUGGCUGAUUCAAGAGUUCGCAAGAAUGCAACAGAAUCAAUCAAUACAUACUCAUUCAUUCGUGGAAGUUAUGAUUCAACAUUAACCAGAACAGUGAAUGAUAUAUUAAAUGAUUUGAAUAUUAAGGUAAAAGUUGAACAGAACGAAGAAAUAAAGACUAUCAUGAAUGAAAACAAAGAUGUAAACAUUGACGAUAAACUUGCCCAGAGCAUAGUUGAUGGCAUCUGUGAUUUUGAAGUACAUAAUGACGGUGGAAACAGGAAUUUAGAAAAAGAAAUAACAUUAUUCACACUGUUUCAAGCAAUUAAUUCGUUACCUAAUCAUUUAAUUAAUGAAGCAUACGAUAACGUUUAUAACUUCUGCAGUUUAACAGAAAAUGCAAAAAGUAAUUUUGAUAAAGCACGUA